CGGACAGAGAGUAUGGAGAGCCGGCAUUUGGGCGCGGAGCUAGGCGGGGUGGACUUUGGGACAUAGACAGGGAACCGGGUCCUGGAGCCGGGAGUAGUGCCAGCGCCCCGGAACCACGCCCCCUGUUUCCCCGCCCCUCGUAUUUCGCUUUAGACCUCUCCCAGUCCUUCGGGACUCGGUCUGGUUUAUACUAGGUCGUGCUAGGGGCAGCGUGACCAUCCAGGGCGGAGAGAGGGUGCUUAAAUCCUUAGGCUCGAACUCCUCCCUUCCUACCUACCUCUCUCCCUUCUCGUUCGGGUAUUCAGGACUUCCAUCCCCCAGCCCCUGCCUCUCCAGCUUUCUCCUUCUGUCCCAUAACCCCUGCGGGUCCCGGGCCGGACUUCAAGUCCCUGCCGUAGCGAGCAGCUGAGGGUUAAGGGGGCGGGGCUGCUGCAUUUUUGGGGAGUGAGCGCAUCCUAGUGGCUGCCAAGAGGGGCGCCCGACAGGGACCUCACGAAGCCCCCAAGCAGGGGCAACAGACAGGUGAAGAAACAAGAAAACUAAGAAAUCCGAGCGGUUGGAGGGGGCGUCUGUGUGGAUGGGAUGGGGACGCCGGGGGAGGGGCUGGGCCGCUGCUCCCAUGCCCUGAUCCGGGGAGUCCCAGAGAGCCUGGCGUCGGGGGAAGGUGCUGGGGCUGGCCUUCCCGCUCUGGAUCUGGCCAAAGCACAAAGGGAGCACGGGGUGCUGGGAGGUAAACUGAGGCAACGACUGGGGCUACAGCUGCUAGAACUGCCACCUGAGGAGUCGUUGCCGCUAGGACCGCUGCUUGGCGACACGGCCGUGAUCCAAGGGGACACGGCCCUAAUCACGCGGCCCUGGAGUCCCGCUCGUAGGCCAGAGGUCGAUGGAGUCCGCAAAGCCCUGCAAGACCUGGGGCUCCGAAUUGUGGAAAUAGGAGACGAGAACGCGACGCUGGAUGGCACUGACGUUCUCUUCACCGGCCGGGAGUUUUUCGUAGGCCUCUCCAAAUGGACCAAUCACCGAGGAGCUGAGAUCGUGGCGGACACGUUCCGGGACUUCGCCGUCUCCACUGUGCCAGUCUCGGGUCCCUCCCACCUGCGCGGUCUCUGCGGCAUGGGGGGACCUCGCACUGUUGUGGCAGGCAGCAGCGACGCUGCCCAAAAGGCUGUCCGGGCAAUGGCAGUGCUGACAGAUCACCCAUAUGCCUCCCUGACCCUCCCAGAUGACGCAGCUGCUGACUGUCUCUUUCUUCGUCCUGGGUUACCUGGUGUGCCCCCUUUCCUCCUGCACCGUGGAGGUGGGGAUCUGCCCAACAGCCAGGAGGCACUGCAGAAGCUCUCUGAUGUCACCCUGGUACCUGUGUCCUGCUCAGAACUGGAGAAGGCUGGCGCCGGGCUCAGCUCCCUCUGCUUGGUGCUCAGCACACGCCCCCACAGCUGAGGGCCUGGCCUUGGGGUACUGCUGGCCAGGGGUAGGAUAGUAUAGGGAGUAGAAGGGGAAGGAGGGUUAGAUAGAGAAUGCUGAGUAGGCAGUAGUUGGGAGAGAGCCUCAAUAUGGGGGGAGGGGAGAGUGUAGGGAAAAGGAUAGGGUCCACUGGGUGAAUCCUCCCUCUCAGAACCAAUAAAAUAGAAUUGACCUUUUA